GGAAGCGGCGGCACAAGUCUCCGUCGGGCCCCGCGUACCACCUGGACUAUUACUGGGGCGAGAACAAUGCUGGCCACAAGUUUUGGGAUUAUAUUUCUGAUCUCCAUGGCUCUAUGUGUCUUUGCUGAGGAUUGUUUGGUGAAAAUUUCAGGAGAACACCAGAUAUUAAAGAACAUGAUUAGUACCCAAGGAUAUUUUUGUUCCAUCUAUGUAAGAAUCCUGAAAAAAGAACAGGUGAGCGAUUAUUGUGACCUGUUGGCACUGGUGUAUGAAGUAGAUGGUCUCCUGGAAACACUAAAAUUCAUCGAUGGUACAGAUAAUUAUAAAAGUAAGAACUCUCUGCUAAGAACUGUCUCACCCUGCAUAGAAGGAUUAGACUAUACCACACAGAACGCAGUGAACGGUUACCUACAAGCCGAAAAUAUGAAUCCUAUUGAAAUCUUGCAGCGAGUUAAUAACUCAUUGCAUAAACUAGAUGGGUUCCAGGCCGACUCUGAGUCUUCUUCGAAAUGUGAAUCCUAUUAUAAAGAACAGCAACCGAGUAAUAAUGGCACUAAAGGUCCUCAGUGUGCAUGCUCAUGCUCUUCCCCAACAACACCUAUUUCCUCCAGUGCAACGUCUCAGACAACUCUAAGUCACUCAUCAAAACUGGCAAGCAGCACAUAUACAACAACUUAUUCUGUUCAUACCAGUCCCCUGGCAGAGGAAAUGAGUGGCAGUUAUCCCGAGAAGAACUCCCAGGGGUUAGACUCUUCACCAUCCAUCUUUACAGAUAUGCCAAGUGAUUUACAUCCACUGACCACCACCGUGGAUCAUUUACAUGCUGGUACCACAGUGCAACCUGGGGCUUUUACAGACUUUCCCCUCACUAAUUCAGAUUUUCCAGUGCAUAGCACAGAGUUUAAAAAAGGCACCCACGACCCAUCAUAUGUUAGCCUGAAUCCAUCUCAAACUAGAACAGAUCCUGAGAAAGUCAAAGAUGUAUCAGAUUCAGAUACUGAGAGCAUGUAUAAGUCAUUGGAGACUGCGACUAUAGAAAAUUCAAGUGUUACCACACACCCUCUCAUAAAUGGAGAAUUAUCUACUGUCGUAGAAGCAGAUGGAACACAGGCAACUACUAUAAGUGAGUUGAGUUCUCAAAGCUCUAAAGGGUCUGUGUUUAAGAACUCUCUUUCUGCUCCCAGCAAGGAACCUGUCAUUGAAACGUCUUCUAAUUCUGUAACCAAAAUACGCCGAUCUCUUGUAAACAUGGAUGAAAUUUCCAGCCUAUCCACUAGUGUCAAUGAGCCAAACCUCCCCAGUCUAACUUCUGUUGGUACAAACAUCCCAUCUACAUUGGACGCUUUUUCCAGGGCAACUGUGAUGACAAAGGCUGUCUCUAGCCUAUCGCCAAGUGACAAUGACCCUAACCUCCCCUCUGUAAAGUCUGUUCAUACAAAUAUCCUCACUAGUGGAAUGGGUUUGUCUAACACUGAAUCCCCUGAAACUGUGUCACAAAGGAAAGUCAUAGGGAAUGGAGACCUUGGCUGGGCUUCCUCAUACCUUUCCUCUCCUAUGCUAACUACUAAAGCAGAACUAUCAGUUUCUUCUCCUGCAACUGGAGACCAGCUGCUUCUGUCAGACGUCACUCAUAAUCCAUUGUUAAAUGCUCAUAAGUCAUACAAUAUUCCACCUCAUGAAGAUAGAGGCAUAGCUAUUGAUGACUGGAAAAACACUGUAUCAGGUCCCAACCAUGGCUCUAAUCUGCUCCCAUUCAUUGCAACAGAACGUUCUGAAGAUGAAGGGAAAAAAGAACCCAGACAGAGCAACCAACAACUAAUCACCAAUGUCGUCCUUGUGGUGUUAGUGUUACUGUUUCUAUCCGGAUUUCUCUAUUACAUGCAUCUAUAUCGGGUAUUAAAAAGAAGAUUAGCUGUAAGUCAUGACUUACAUCUUCCCAGAAACCUUAGUACAGUGUCAUCUGAAGAAAUGAUGCGCUUGUCAACAACUGAGUGUAGCAAUGUGUAAUUGAUGGAAUGGAAAUGCUUGAAGAGACCCAUUGUUGAGGGCUGUCGUAGCUCACCUGUCUGAAAUGCGCAGGAUUGUGAAUUCCUACAGCUGUUUGGUGUCGUGCUUUCAGUGGGUUAUUACACUGAGGUGUGUAAACCACAUGAGAGUUGAUUCGUGGACUUGUGGAGGAUUGACCGUCCAGUGGACCUGCCUUUCCUUGUGAAUACUGCCUGCUUUAUGUAAGGACACUUUUAAUUGGCAGUCGUCCCACUGAAAUGUUUGUGGACAGUAAGCGCUUCCUAAAGGAAUUGUCUGAAAGUCUCUUUGUACAAAUAUUUUCUGAUGAAUGUCAUACCCGCAGCUAAUGUAUUGUGUAACUAUGAAAAAGGCUGAGUCCCGGCCUUGCCGUUCUACAAAAACUAUCUGUAUAUUGUGUGUGUUUUAUCUCUCAAGCUGAUAUUUGCACAGAUAACUGAAUUAGACGGGCUGCUGGUAGAGCCACUAACUUAGACUGACUUUACAUUAUGAUGUUUGUAAUGUACAUUCGGAGUGUAUGUUAGGAAAGCUCCCAAGUGACCUUUUGGCCUCCAUCUGGCCAGUAUACGUCAGUAUACCACAAGAGAAAAACAUUUGGAAUAGGAUGGUAGACUGUGCUAUUCCUACAACAGUGUCCAUAAAAAAAAAUACAUUAAAUGGAUAUGAUUUUUUUUUACCAUAGAACCCGGUGGGUUAUGCAUACCACCAUAUGGGAUCUGUCAGAAGUGUUUGUUUUACAUAUAUGGCCCAUUGUAUACGUUUAUUGGAGACCAUAAAUGUGAUGUGGAAGCGGUUUCCAGGAUUUAAUUUGGAUGGCCUGUGCUCAGGAUCGGCCAUCAAUAUCAGAAUGGUGAGGGUCCGACACCCACAACCCCACCAGAACUGCACAGCACCAUCCAUUGUGUGGUGGACAGAGCUGGUAACUUCAGCACUGCUCCCACUGAGCAGCACUGCAGUCAGUUCUGGCUGCUGCACAAUGGACGGUGCUGUGUAGUUAUGUUCCAGGAAAUAGCUGAUCGGCAGUGUGUCAGACCCCUGCCGAUCUGACACCGAUAGCCUAUCCUGAGGAUAGGCCAUCAAUAUCAAAUUCUGGACAACUCCUUUAAGUUGUUCUGUUAUAAGAAUUUUAAGAAACCUUAAAGAGGACCUGUCACCACUCCUGGCAUAUCUGUUUUAUAGCUUCAUGCAUUCCCCAUGUAACAAUAAUUCUGGAACAUCUAUUGUUAUCUCUGUAUGUUGUACCAAUCCUUUAUUA